UGCAUUAGCGUCUUUCCCAUCGUACUGCCUCGACUAUAAAAAUUUCUGGACUGGAAAGCCUAAUGCGACCAAGAUUUCCUCUUAUUUAACUAGACUGUAGCAGCCCACGAGUGACUUUAUCCUUGAGACGAUUUUAUACUUUUAACUCUAAAGUCUGAAAAGAUUUCCAAGGGUCAUUUUAUUACUGUGCAAACGAAUUUGAAAAAGAAGAAAAAAAAGGUUUCCCUUCUUAACGAGUACAAUUUCUCACCUCCACCACUUUCCUCGAGGGAUGCAUGAAAACCCGCAAUCAUCACAUGUUGGCGUCAAUGAGUCAACUCCUCUCCUCAAUCAUGAACAAUCUCAUAUAAAUUACUCCGGUGAGCAUAGCAACAACGCUCUAGAGACGGGUGAUUCAUCCACACCAUACACUUCCGAUGAUGAGGAGCCUGUGAUCACCCUCUCUAGAGUCACUUCCAUAAACCAGGGACUGGAAAUCGAACCGAAUCUCGAAAGGAUCCCUUCGGCUGGGACAGCCUCCAAGAAAGCAGCGGUAGAUCCCGAAGGCAAGUCUCCGAGUGAAUCCACCGGUUAUGCCUCUCGAUUUAUCAAUGUCUCCCCGACGAGGUUCUGGCUAAUCUUCGGCGGGGUCCAAAUGGGAUACAUCAUUGGAUUCUUCGACUCGACUUUAAUGGCGUCAAGUCACCCCGUCAUAACGUCCCAUUUCCAUGCCUCAAACUCUGCAUCGUGGCUGUCAACAGCUUUCCUUCUGACCUCAACCGCUUUCCUUCCCUUGUUCGGUCGCGUAUCCGACACUUUUGGCAGGAAGCCGGUAUAUCUUUUCGCUAUUGCCGUCUUCUUCCUCACCACCGCGUGGUGUGGCAUGGCCCAGAGUAUCGGGAGCUUCAUCGCGGCCCGAGCCUUCUGCGGACUUGGAGCCGGGGGUGUCUUCUCCAUGGGUAUGAUUUUGUCGAGCGAUUUGGUUCGCAUCGAAUAUCGUGGAGUCUACCAGUCCUAUAUCAAUCUGUGUCUGGGCGUGGGAGGCUGCCUGGGAUUGGCAUUUGGCGGGUUUCUCUGUGACCACGUAGGGUGGAGAGGUGCGUUCUUCGUGCAGCUGCCCUUCAUUUUUGUUUAUUUCCUCGUGGCAGCCUGGACCACCCCAGCCGAUUUGGGCCUGAAGAGGGCGAAGACGGAACGGAUGACUUUCUUGCAGCUGCUCAAGAACAUUGACCUGGUGGGGUCGUUCAUCUUGGUUGUCGGUGUGACCUCGUUGAUUAUGGGUCUAAAUUUGGGCGGUAAUGUGCUCAGCUGGUCUCACCCCCUGGUCAUUUCGUCUUUGGUUCUAUCUCUCAUCUUAGCUGUGAUCUUCGUACGAUAUGAGCGGACCGUGGAGCGGGCCGUGAUGCCGAUAUCGCUCCUGUCGAAGCAGCCCUGCGCCAACCUCAUUUUUGGUAACUUCUUUGGGUCCAUUGCUGUCAACACAAUGAUCUUCAACGCUCCGUUGUAUUUCCAGGCAGUCAAACUCGCUAGCCCAACUGACUCGGGUCUCAGACUGGUAGCGUCCACCCUCGCCGUGACGGUUUCGAGCGUCUCGACGGGCUUCAUCAUCACAUGGACCAAACGACUGAAGCCAACAGUGAUCAUUGGUGAUGUUUGUCUCCUGCUGGGAGGCCUCGCGGCAUCCACCCUUGGUAUGGGCACCCCCGAUGUAGUUGCCAUGUUAUGUGUUUCGCUCGCAAGCUUUGGACAGGGGUUCGCUUUUCCUUCGUUGAUGGUCUCCGUUCUCGCCACCAGUGAUCCGGAUGAGCAGGCCGUGGCUACCACAACCUUGGGUCUGUGGAGAAAUCUGGGCUCGGUGAUGGGUGUAGCGACAAGCAGUUGGAUAUUUCAGAACACCCUUGUAUACCAGCUUGAAGAAAUGGUUACAGGACCCGAAAAGGAAAGUAUAAUCCUUCUCGUCCGCAAAUCAGUCCAGGCUAUUGUGAAACUGGACCCAGUCCACCAAGAACAAGGUAAGUCUAUCUAUCUUCGCACAUCCUAAUCUAUAUGCUUGGGCUAAUACUGGUAUAGUUGUGGGUGCGUAUGCGGCAGCGCUCCGUCUGACCUUCUUCUCCGCAGCUCUGUGGGGUGCGCUCAUGCUUCUGAUGCACUUCCGCGUUCGACUGCCCCGAUUGGGCAGUAAGGCUUGAAUAGCAUUUAAUGCUAGUCAGUCCAGUAAGUUCUAUUCUACUGAAUGAUUUCCUUCGUUGCAUUGCAUUGCUAGGUUUCCGAAAAUGGGUAUGGGAAUAGAAUUAAUCAAAAGUUCAUGGCUUAAGAAUGCUAAAAUAUAAGAUUAUCUUCAAAUACUAUACUGCCCACAUGAUCAACUAGAAUCAAAUAUCAACUCAAUCAUAGCUUCGAUAA